AUGCUCAGAAUAGUCAAGGGAAGAAGUUGCUAUUCAAUGCCCUUAGUACUUAAACAGUUUAAAGGCAAUAGUGACGCGAAAACUCUUGCUAAGUGGAUUGUGGAGAAAAUACAAAAACUAGGAUUGAACACUUACCGAAUAGUCAAUUGCACCACAGAUGGGGCUGCAACGUGUUCUGGUCUUGACAAUGGAAUAACAGUGGAAAUGAACGCUUUGAUUAAUGUUGAAGACCCAACAAAUCUUCCAUUAAUUGAUUGUGAAAUGAAAAAUUUCUGGUGUUCAGCUCAUAGAGUAAAUUUGAUGGGCGAAUCACUCGAAAAAGAUAUCGACAUCAAAAUGGCGAAAGUUUUCGUUCAAUGGUUAUGUCGGAAAAAAAGACUUGCUGAUUAUUGUGACGGUUGCAGUGUUGGACAUGAGUUCCGAACAACUUAUUCUGCGACACGAUGGUGCUACAUUUACAAAAAUUUGAAGGACAUAACAGACAAUUAUGAUGAUGUCAGCAAUUAUAUUAACAAACCCUAA